CAUUCUGGGUUCAAGGGUUGGUGCGUGAGGUACGAGUGUUUCAAAUUUCAGUCUCUUGAGCUCUAAUCUCAAAUGAGGAAUCUUGGGUUUGUCGAAAUUACUCUGCUUUGCUCUCUCUUUGCCUAUUUCCGUAUAGAUUCUGUCUCCUCUUUAAACUCAGAUGGUUUGGCUUUACUCUCGCUUCUCAACCACUUUGAUAAAGUCCCUCUUGAAGUAACUUCGACAUGGAAGAAUAACACAUCUCAAACCACUCCGUGUGAUAAUAACUGGUUUGGUGUCAUUUGUGAUCCUUCCGGUAAUGUGGAGACCCUUAAUUUGACUGCUUCUGGGCUUUCAGGCCAAUUAGGUUCUGAAAUUGGGGAGCUUAAGAGCUUGGUCACUUUGGAUCUCAGUCUUAACACUUUCUCUGGUUUAUUGCCUUCCACUUUAGGAAACUGUACUUCACUUGAGUAUUUGGAUUUGUCUAACAAUGGCUUUUCUGGAGAGAUUCCUGAUAUUUUUGGUAGCUGGCAGAAUUUGACAUUUCUGUAUCUUGAUCGCAAUAAUCUUAGUGGUCUGAUUCCUGCAACUAUUGGUCGGUUGAUAGAGCUCGUAGAUCUGAGGUUGUCUUAUAAUAACUUGUCUGGUACCAUUCCUGAGUCGAUUGGGAACUGCACUAAGCUGGAAUACAUGGCUUUGAACAACAACAAGUUUAAUGGUUCUUUGCCAGGAAGUUUCAAUCUACUUGAGAAUCUUGGUGAGUUGUUUGUCAGUAACAACAGCCUUGGAGGGAGGCUUCAUUUUGGUUCUAGCAACUGCAAGAAGUUGGUGACGUUAGAUCUGUCGUUCAAUGAUUUCCAAGGCAGUGUUCCACCUGAAAUUGGCAACUGCAGUAGCCUUCACUCUUUACUCAUGGUGAAAUGCAACUUGACAGGUACAAUCCCAUCAUCCAUGGGUAUGUUGAAAAAGGUUUCGGUUAUCGACCUUUCCGAUAAUCGUCUCUCUGGGAAUAUCCCUCAAGAGCUUGGGAACUGCAGCAGCUUGGAAACCUUGAAGCUGAACGACAACCAGCUCCAAGGCGAGAUACCACCUGCAUUGGGUAUGCUAAAGAAGCUACAAAGCCUGGAGCUUUUCUUUAAUAAGCUGUCAGGUGAGAUUCCUAUUGGCAUAUGGAAGAUUCAGAGUCUGACACAGAUGCUCCUUUAUAACAACACUCUCACCGGGGAACUACCAGUUGAAGUAACUCAGCUGAAGCACCUUAAGAAGCUUACACUGUUUAACAACAGCUUUUAUGGAGAGAUACCAAUGAGUUUAGGCAUGAAUCGAAGCUUAGAGGAGGUGGACCUUCUUGGUAACCGUUUUACAGGGGAGAUACCACCCCAUCUCUGCCAUGGACACAAGUUGAGAUUGUUCAUCUUGGGUUCUAAUCAGCUUCAUGGUAAGAUACCAGCGUCUAUUAGUCAGUGUAAGACCCUUGAGAGAGUCAGACUUGAAGAUAACAAACUUUCAGGUGUUCUUCCGGAAUUCCCUCAGAGUCUUUCCUAUGUGAACCUCGGAAGCAACAGCUUUGAAGGAUCCAUCCCGCGCAGCUUGGGAAGCUGUAAGAAUCUCUUGACCAUUGACCUUUCUCGAAACAAACUCACGGGUCUGAUACCUCCAGAACUGGGAAAUCUGCAAAGCCUUGGACAGUUGAAUCUUUCACAUAAUCAUCUGGAAGGUCCUCUGCCAUCCCAGCUAUCAGGCUGUGCGAGACUUCUGGAUUUUGAUGUUGGGUCCAACUCAUUGAACGGUUCUGUUCCAUCAAGCUUCAGAAGCUGGAAAAGCUUGUCCACUUUAGUUCUCAGUGACAACAAUUUUCUAGGAGCCAUUCCACAGUUCUUGGCAGAGCUUGACCGGCUCUCAAAUCUGCGGAUAGCUCGAAAUGCUUUUGGAGGUGAGAUUCCUUCCUGGGUUGGCUUGUUGAACAGUCUACGCUAUGGCUUAGACCUCAGCGGGAAUGUAUUUACGGGUGAGAUUCCAACCACACUGGGGGCUCUUAUCAAUCUUGAACGGCUCAACAUAUCCAACAACAAGUUGACAGGGUCUUUAUCAGUUCUUCAAAGUCUUAAGUCAUUGAGUCAAGUUGACGUCUCGUAUAAUCAGUUCACGGGUCCAAUACCAGUAAAUCUGAUAUCAAAUUCUUCAAAGUUUUCGGGAAAUCCAGACCUCUGCAUUCAACCUUCUUACUCAGUGAGUGCCAUAAUCCGCAUCGAGUUUAAAUCUUGCAAAGGUCAAGUCAAACUUAGCACCUGGAAGAUCGCCCUUAUAGCAGCUGGGUCAUCUCUAUCUGUAGUGGCUUUGCUUUUUGCUAUCGUUUUGAUUUUUUGCCGCGGCAAAAGAGGAGCCAAGACAGAAGAUGCUAAUAUCCUCGCAGAGGAAGGUCUGUCCUUGUUGCUGAACAAAGUUCUAGCAGCCACUGACAAUCUAGAUGACAAGUACAUCAUUGGAAGAGGAGCUCAUGGAGUUGUUUACAGAGCUUCUUUAGGGUCAGGCGAAGAAUACGCCGUGAAGAAACUCAUCUUUUCGGAACACAUACGCGCAAACCAAAAUAUGAAGAGGGAGAUUGAAACAAUCGGGCUAGUUAGGCACAGAAAUCUCAUUCGGUUAGAAAGAUUUUGGAUGAGGAAAGAAGAUGGCUUAAUGCUGUAUCAGUACAUGCCCAAUGGAAGCCUACACGACGUUUUGCACAGAGGUAAUCAAGGAGAAGCAGUUCUUGACUGGUCUGCACGGUUCAACAUAGCCCUUGGGAUUUCACAUGGACUGGCGUAUCUACACCAUGAUUGUCAUCCACCAAUAAUUCACCGCGACAUCAAACCAGAGAACAUACUCAUGGACUCGGAUAUGGAGCCUCACAUUGGAGAUUUCGGAUUGGCUCGAAUUCUAGAUGACUCAACAGUUUCAACGGCCACUGUUACUGGCACAACUGGGUACAUUGCACCAGAAAAUGCGUACAAGACGGUGAGGAGCAAGGAAUCAGAUGUUUACAGUUAUGGAGUUGUUUUGCUCGAGCUGGUAACAGGAAAGAGAGCACUGGACAGAUCUUUCCCGGAAGAUAUCAACAUUGUGAGCUGGGUCAGAUCUGUAUUAAGCAGCUAUGAGGAUGAAGACGAUACUGCUGGUCCAAUCGUUGAUCCAAAACUUGUGGAUGAGCUUCUGGAUACGAAGCUCAGGGAACAAGCAAUCCAAGUCACAGACUUGGCUCUUAGAUGUACGGACAAGAGGCCGGAGAACAGACCAUCCAUGAGAGAUGUGGUGAAAGAUUUGACUGAUUUGAAAACUUUUGUAAGCACUUCUGGUUCAGUUCACUAGUUUCAUAUUUUGCAGGUUUAUAUAGUUUACUGUUCUUUGUAACCACUAAUAUAAUUGUAACUACCAU